AUGCCCGGAAUGCUUGGGCGGGCUGGUCUGUGGAUUCUACUUUUGAGGCUGCAGGCCGGCGCUGGGAAUGCAGGUGCAGCGGAUGAUGAGUGCGGACACGAGUCAGGGCAGUCCUGCACUCUGCAGAUGCUUCAGCAUGUCGCCGAGCGGCGGCUGCGCUCGUAUGGCCCCAUGCGCCCGGACCCUUCCGUUGUGCGGUGGAACCAGGUGCCCUCCGGUGGCCGUCUCAUCACCGGCACGCUGAGCGUCUUCCUGGACCCUGCAGAUGCGAAGAGCCCCCAACUGGAGCUGGAGAUCGCCAUGUACUUUUCAGACCAGCAGCCUGCGCCUUUGGGACCCUUGCUGCUUCACUGUGGGGGUCCGGGUUCCGACAGCAGCUGCCUCAGAUACGCUUGGGGCUCCCACCUCGAAGGCUACGACGUUUGGUCCAUCUCGCAGCGUGGAAUCGGGCCGAGAGCCGAUCCGGCGCUGAACUGCAACAACUCCCACCUUCCCUCGGGAUGCCCGGCCACAGGUUGCCAAAUCAGCGACUUCACUGACUGCCCGUGUGCUCUGCUGGAUGGGACGCCCCAGAUCGGCGAGAUUUGGGCGGACAUCGACCCGCAGAACGAGACGCAGGUGGAGCAUCUCCUGAGGAAGAGAGAUGCCUGGGGCAGCAGGUGCGCAGCCUCUCCAAAGUUUCAGUUGCAAGGGGCCAACAGCAAGACCUACAACUUUUUGGAGUACGUGGGAUCCCAGUUUCUAGCCUACGACAUUGAUCGGUUUCGUCGUGCAAUUGGGGCACAGAAGAUGAGCUUCUAUGGGUACAGUUAUGGAACAUACGUGGCCGGUGUGUAUGCUUCGGCCUUCAGUGAGUUUACGGGCCGCGUAGUUCUGGAUGGCAAUAUGGAUCCUACGCCCCGGAAGACCGCACAAGCCACUGGCGAUGCGUUAGCCAACGACAAAUUCAUCGCGUUCUUGCUGAAUACCUGUAAAGCCGCAUCAGACUGUCCGCUGGAAGACCCCGAAGGGGAGUACGACCAGAUCGUGGCUGCAGCUCGUCGGGGCAACUUGACAGCGCCUACAAAGUCCGGGAUGCAGUUCCCAUUGACAGUUGGCAUGCUGAUGGCUUACAUUCAGACCGAGUCGGCAUCAAACUCCGGCAGGCUGUUUCACAGAAUCCUGGAUACUUUGGCAGGGCUCUCUCCGAAAGCCAGUUCUGAGACGAUUCAGUCAACAGUCGCCUUCAUCUUGGAUGGGUUCUGCUUUGUAAAAGGCGCUAGCACCUGGUACAACUAUGACAUUUGUGUUGGUCCUGGGCAAACAGCGGAGGACGAGGAAGGCACUGGUCAGGAUUUUGGAGAGCCGUACAUGCAGCAGUGUGCGGUUUGGGGUGUCGAUCAGGCAGGAUACUUUGACGUCCCGGACCUCCUGCGUCAGUGGAAAUCUGCUGCCUCCAGUAAAGGUGAUGCCGGUUUGGCUGCAGUGGUGGGAGACAUGGUGGGCUAUUUCCUUUGGCCAGUGAAGGCGACCCCGAACGCACCGAUGGGUAGUUCUAUCGUGUACCCGCUGGUUGUGGGCAAUUUGUUUGACCCGGCUACCAGCUACAGCUGGGCGCAGAACAUGAAGAGUGCAUUUCCCGGCGGGUCGCUGAUUACGUGGCAGGGGAUCGGCCACACCUUUCCAUCUCACGCAACCGAUUACAACAAAGAUGCAGUCAAGGAGUGUCAAGCUCACAUCAAGGCUUACCUCCAGAAGGGCACCAUGCCCGUAAAUGGUUUGACGUGCUUUCAGGUGCGGUACGAGAUUGCUCUGGAGGCCUUGAGGCGCCGCCGAACCAGUGCCCUCCGCUGGCGAAAAUACUCGAUCAGUACGGUCGCAGGGCUGAGGCGGAUCCACAACAUCCUCCAUCGGGGAUCGCACAGAUUCAAGGGAGACUUACAGCUCUGGUAUCAACACGUGGACUUCUGUUUGAGAAGUGGCAGUACGGCGAUGCUGACACGGGUGCUGAUGCGGGCAGUGAAGUACCACCCGAAAGAGGUUCAUCUCUGGCUGCUUGCUGCAGAUCGAGAACUCCAGCAAGGGCAUGUUGAAGCUGCGCGGAAGCUCCUGCUGCGGGGCCUGCGGUGCGUGCCCACAUCGGUCAAGCUUCUCGUCGAAUUCUUGCGAUUGGAGGUGGGUGUUGCUGGUCAGUUGCUUGCAGCUGAGCAGCUGAAACAGGAAGAAGACGCCGAGGCAAAGACAGAGGAUGCCGGCACAAAGGAUGUUUGGGCGCCCUCUCGCCUGCUCUUCCGAAAGGCCGUAGCCAAGCUCGAAGGAAAUGUGGCAAACCUGGCCAGCUACCUGGCAGCGAGCGCGCAGCUGCUGCAUCAAGCGCAAGAGAAGUGGAGCACCUCGAGUGGGUUAUCGGAGUGGGCCGAGUCCUUGCGAGAAGCAGCUGCCAAGAGUCGCCCAGGUGUUGGGCACAGCUCGAGUGGUCAGGAAGAGGUGGACGCUCCGGCCACGAGCAUCUGGGAGGUUUGGUGGACGGAGGAGCUUCGAGCCGGAGGAAGCUGGUCGGACCUGGCACCUGUGAUAGCUGAAUGCAGCAUUGGUGCGGUCAUCGCAGGGGCUGUUGAGGCGAUGUGGCAGCAGUACCAGAAGGUGGCUUCCGGAAAGGAGCUCCGCACUCCUCUUCUGGCGAUGGCCAAGUCGCCUGCUGCCGUGUCAGACGUCGAUGCUGCGUUGAAAGUCUUGGAGACCUUUUCGGUGGCGGUGCCCUCCAUGAGCGAUGACGCAGUCAAGGCAGCUGUCGAAGAGCUGCGACAACGGGCAGCUGGGGCCUUGUUUUGUCACCUGUGCGGCAAUACCAAACCAGGCUUCUUUGAACAGGAUCUGCGCGGGGUAUGUAAGAAUCCCGAGAUCCCGAUGUACCCUUUUUAG